AUGGAAAUAAGACAGUUUCAAAGUACUGUUAAGAGGAAGUACAGAACUACUUACACCCCUCAGGAUGUUACAGAUGCAUAUAACAUGGUAAAAGAACACCAUCUACCUGUGGAACGUGUUGCCAAACAGUUUGGCAUACCAAUUACAACAUUAAAAGAUAGAAUAAGAGGAAAAACAUCAGUAGAUGUCCUUAAGUCUGGUACUCCUCCUCUAUUCUCACAAGAACAGGAAGCAUUUCUGAGUCAGCACCUUAUUACAAUGGCUGAGAUUGGUUUUGGAUAUACCCGGCAGGAAACAAUUAACUUAGCCUCAGAUUAUGCUGUGCAUCUUGGCCUAAGAGAACAAGACAAACCUCUUUCUAAACAGUGGUUUUAUAACUUUCUGAACCGAUGGCCUAGCAUUAAAGUUGUGAAACCUAGAUCUUUGGAGAUGGCAAGAGCAAGAAGUGCAACCCGCCCGGCUAUUGACCAGUACUUCAAUGAACUAAACAAAAUUCUCACCAAAUACAACUUAAAAGAUAAACCACAUUGCAUUUAUAAUAUUGAUGAGAAAGGUCUUUCACUUGAACAUAAGCCACCAAAAAUUGUCACAGGUACUCAUUAUAAACCACAGGCUGUUACAUGUGGAAAGUCGAAAACAGUCACUGUGAUUGGUGGAGGAAAUGCUGUUGGAAACCAAGUGCCGCCCUUUUUCGUAUUUCCUGGUGUUAGGAUGCUUCCAGGUCUACUUGAAGGCUGUACUUCUGGCACGUCUGGAACAGUAUCAGAAUCUGGCUGGUCUAACACUGAAGUGUUCACAAAGUAUAUGACAGAGCAUCUAGAGCCACAUCUACCCUCUCGGGCUGACGGCAAAGUCAUGUUUCCUUGGGGCUGA